CAUUUUAUGUCGGUGUUAAGAAAAACAUAAUUCGAAUGGCCAAUCUUAACGAAAUUGUGUAAUUAGUGAUAUAAUUUAUGUGAUUCCACAUACACAUCUAUAAUAGGGCGUUUCGUAACAUAUUUUUUGUUUUAGGUGGGAGCGGUCAAAAAUGGGUGCAUUAGACUGAAAUCGCCAUUAGUUUCCCGGCACAUUGGGGCAUGGGCGUCGGGGGAGUGGCGCGGGGCGUGGGCGUCCCUGUGCCACCCCCCGGCGACCUACUCGCCACUAUCUCAAUGUUUGAACAACAGAUCAAAGCUGAACCCAUGAGCUUCUACUCUCAUCCCCAUCAUGCCCACUCUGGUCCCCCUUCAAUAGUCCGUUCAGACUCAAACCAAGGCAUAAUCAACAUGCAUCAUCAACAACAUCAAGAGGAUUCCAAGGAUAGCCUCAUAGUGCAGCAGCAAGUUCAGCAUCAACAGGAUCUCUUGGAACAACAUCAGCAACAGCAACAGGAAAUGCAACAAGAUGAUGAUUUGAGCUUUAAAGGAAUGGAUGACGAUGGUGUAGAAAUGGACAUGGACAGUCGACAGUGUUCUCAGGGAAUGGGACUGGAUAUGGGAUCGGUACAAACAAAAUUGGAAGUGUCAAACGGAAGCGUUCAAUCAUCGCCACGGUCCAAGCCUCAAGCAUGCAAAGUUUGCGGCAAAGUAUUAUCAUCAGCGUCAUCAUAUUACGUCCACAUGAAACUUCAUUCCGGGAACAAACCCUUCCAAUGCACGGUAUGCGAGGCUGCGUUCUGCCGGAAGCCAUAUUUAGAAGUGCACAUGAGAACACACACCGGUGAGCGUCCGUUCCAAUGUGACUUAUGUUUGAAACGAUUCACACAAAAAUCCAGCUUAAAUACGCACAAACGCGUCCACACAGAUGAGCACAUGCGCGCGUUGUUGGUGAAGAAUCGGCCCUACAAGUGUGAUCUCUGUCAAAUGGCUUUCACGCAGAGCUCCAGCCUCAACCGACACAAGAAAAUACACACGGAGGAGCACAGACGAGCCCUGUUAGAGAAAGUGCGGCCGUACCAGUGCCACAUCUGUUUUAUGCGCUUCACUCAGAAGUCCAGCCUGGGACGACAUGGGAAAAUACACACCGAGGAGCACAUCCAAUCGCUGAUCAACAAAGUGCGCCCCUAUCAAUGCGACAUCUGUGACAAGCGGUUUACUCAGAAGUCCAGCCUUGGCACUCAUAAACGUAUCCAUACCGGGGAGCGGCCGUUCCAGUGCACCGUCUGCCUCAAGUCCUUCACGCAGAAGUGCGCGCUCAAUUUGCACGAAAAAAUACAUACGGUGCAAGGGCGUCCAUUCGCGUGCGGGCUCUGCCCAGCGGCGUUCGCACGCCGGCCCUACCUGGACAUUCACAUGCGCACGCAUACAGGCGAGCGGCCGUAUCAAUGCGACGCGUGUCUCAAGCGCUUCACGCAGAAGUCCAGCCUCAAUAUACAUAAGAGGACGCACACAGUCCAGGGAAGACCGUUCCAGUGCCUGUCGUGUCCCGCCGCCUUCACCUGCAAGCAAUACCUGGAGAUUCACACGCGCACCCAUACUGGCGAGCGGCCCUAUCAGUGCGACAUCUGCCUGAAACGCUUCACGCAGAAGUCGAGUCUCAACAUACACAAGCGGACGCACUCAGUGCAGGGCCGGCCUUUCCAGUGCUUGCAGUGCCCUGCCGCCUUCACCUGCAAGCAGUACCUCGAGAUACACAAUCGCACGCACACCGGCGAACGACCUUACCAAUGCGACGUCUGCCUCAAGCGGUUCGCGCAAAAGUCAACACUCAACAUACACAAACGAACGCACACAGUGCAAGGUCGUCCGUAUCAAUGCAUGGAGUGCCCGGCGGCGUUCACGUGCAAGCCGUACCUGGAGAUACACACGCGCACGCACACGGGCGAACGUCCGUUUGAAUGCGACGUCUGUUACAAACGCUUCACACAGAAAUCGACGCUCAACAUACACAAGCGCAUUCAUACCGGUGAACGUCCUUACGCGUGUGAUAUUUGCCAGAAACGGUUCGCCGUGAAGAGUUAUGUAACGGCUCAUAGGUGGUCCCACGUAGCGGACAAGCCGUUGAACUGCGACCGAUGCUCGAUGACGUUCACGUCCAAGUCCCAGUUCGCACUCCACAUCCGCACGCACGCAGCCGGCUCGUGUUACGAGUGCAGCGUCUGCGGACGGAGCUUCGUCAGAGACAGCUAUCUAAUACGUCAUCACAAUCGCGUACACCGCGACAACCACAGCAACAUGUCUGCGAACAGCAUUGGCAUUAACAGCGUCGCCACGAACACAAACAACUCGAACAACAGCAACUACGACUCGCCCGGCGUUUGUGACUUGAGCUUUGUGCCGAUGGUGAACCGAUACAUGACGUCACAGGGAACUCAAGUGUCCAUGCAAGACACCCAAAGCAAGAUGUCCGCAAUGUCCCCGCAAUCCAUCGCCUCUAUAUCGUCGCCCCCUCCCUCGCACACGCCCACGCCGCAGCCGCAGAUGUCCGGCCAGCUGCAUCUAGCGGACUGAUCCGCGCGACAGCCGUCGGGGGAGGGACGGGCGGCACAGUGCACACACUCGGCAGCCUUCAGCAGGAGCAGCUACGUCACGCGGAGCCCGGGGCUCCUCACUUAGAGAUGGUCGGCAUGGACUCAUGCAGUGAUUUUUUUUUGUCCAGUUAUUUAUUUUAUUUGUUGAGUUUGAGAGUGCGAAUAUCGUUAGCACGGGGUGAAGUUGAGUGCGAAUCCGGGAGUCGGGUUUCGUUGCGCUUGUGGAAUCCCUCGGCGACGGCGGACGAGGACUCGGCUGUAGGGCGCAGCGUGCCGCCUAUGACACUGUACAUUGUGAUUGUACCCGCAACUAUGAUCUAUCUAUCCUGUCACGGAGUUCAUUUUAUCGAUACUUAAAACUCUCAUCGUUUAGAACGUAGGCCUAAAAUUUUUGAUCUCAUAUUCUAAUUUGCUUAGUGGUUAGAAAUUUUUUCGGGAAAUCGUAAAUGUAAAUCUCCCAACGGCGAAAUUCUAAAUUUUAAUGUUGUCGUACGCUUAUUCAUCCCCCAUUGACGUUUUCAUUAGGCGUAGUGGAAUGUAACGAUAUCUUAUUGCGAUGCUUUAACUUAGAACGUGUCUGUGUAUAUCGAAGUUCAGUGAUUUUAUACAAAUAUUAUUACUGUUCACAAUGAAAAUUAAUGUAUUUUGAUCAGCAAAUGUACAGGACCUAAUGCGAGACACCAUUCACAUAAGAUAAAAAACUAUACGUAUACAAAAAAAUUCAAGUUUCAUGUAAUAUAAAUAUAUAUAUUAAAGUAAGUACAAAAUAGUACCAUAAACGACAGUCCUGAAAGGCCAUAUUCAAAGGUUCACAAAAUUUAUGAUAAUUAUAUGUUAUUGGAGAAAUCCAGAGAAGUGCCUGUAUGCAACAUAAAUUGGCAAUAUUUUAUAAAUGUAUUACGUAUGCAGAAUAACGUUCAAUUUCGGUGUUUUGUGUGAAUUCGUAUGUGAAAUUCAUGGCAAUAAUAUUUGUGCGACUAUUAGACGUCGGCGAGUGGUUCCCCCUCCCCGCUGCGGGGACGGGCCGCGGAGCUCCUCACUGACUUUGUGCCUUCUAGCGGACAGUGACGUCAGCACGACGUUGCGGUCGCUGUUCUCUGACGUCAGCACGGCGUCGCGGUCGCUGUUCUGUGACGUCAGCACGGCGUCGCGGUCGCUGCUCGCUGUGACGUCAGCACGGCGUCGCGGUCGCUGCUCGCUGUGACGUCAACACGGCGUCGCGGUCGUUGCUCGUUGUGUCGUGAGAGCGUAGUGCAGUCUCGAUGUCUCGCCGUGUACGUGAGCGCGUGUUAGAUGAUAACAUUUUUUCCAUAAAUAUUUUUUUCGAAUAAUAGCGAUUACGGUUAGUGUAUAGAGCAGUAGUCUUCCAGUACGUUGAGUCAGUACUCGGGCGCGGGAGGGCAGCCCGGCGUCCGCUGCGGGGGUUCCUUUAGGUUUGCCAUUGUUGAUAUCAAAGAUAGAUUGGUGCCAUUUCUGUGUAAAUGAAGCGGUAGUGUAAGUUUAGUUAAGUCUGCAGGUCAGGGUAGAACUGGAAAUUAAAAUUUUUGUAAGGGAAACUAUAUUCUCAUAGUGUAUUCACUGGAACGUAUACCUUUAUUAUUGUUUGGUUUAAAGAUUUAUAUAAAGUUUUCCUUUUUAAAUUUAUUUUCAUUCUAAACGUAUGUGUCCAUGUGCUGGGUCAGAAUUGUAAAUAAACGGUAGUAUUUAUUUAUUCGAGUUUAUCUACAGUUUAUUGAUGGUGUAAAAAAGUAUUAUUCGUAGAACUGUCCCCCUUAUACAAAGUUUAGUGAACUGAAUUUGUAAUUGACGUGAGCAAUAGUAAACAACUUUGGAAAUACAAAAUUUAAAAAAAAAGUAGAUUAUAGGAAGUAUACAUAUAAUAUUAUGAUAUACAUAUAGAUAUCGUUUGAUAGUCCUCGAUAUUUUUUUAUAUUUUGAUAGGUCUGUAUAUGAAAGGGAAAAAGAAAUAACAUGAAAAAUAGGCCAAUAUCUUAUUAUCAUUUAACUAUAUUUGUACACAGUAUGUUAAGAUAAUAUAACAGAACGGAUGCAUUUACUUGCCCUGAAUUGUGAAAGUGUAAUGUUGAACUAUCCCGAUUUAUGAAUUCUUUAAUGUCGUAGUAAGUUUCUCUAACCAAGCCAUUGAUAACAGUAUUAUUUAGACAAACUAGAACUUGGUUAAAGUUUAGUUUAAAAACAAAAAAAAAAUACAUCUACCAUAAUGGACAUUACCGUUGAACAACCAUAGUUAUCAAUAGUUUGUAUAAAUCAUUGUCGGUUAUCGUGUUAUAUAUUAUAUUCUAUCAAUAGAUAAUAAUUGUGAAUGCAAAUAGGAACACCAACAUAGUGAAACUAGGUAUGUUAUAAUGAAAUUGAAGUACUUUUAACUUCACACGAGUCGCCGAGACUUAUUGUUCCUUCACAACUAACAGUUAAUAUAUUUUGUUAUUAUAUGUUCAGUUUGUAUUGUAUUGUUUUUAUGAUCUUUAUUAAAAUGUUGUUGUCUCGGCGUUCGUACGAUAAAAUUAAGGACACGUAUCGGCCCUACUUGUUUACGAAACAAAACGAAUUUACUCUGAACGUAUACCUGAUUUAAUUAGUCUUUAUACUUUGGACAAUAGGUAUAUCGCGUAAAAAAGUAGGGCUAAACCUGUACAAUAUUAGCGGAGUGAAGGAACACAAACUAAAUUUAGGGAUACCUUCGAGUGUGGCAAGGUUCUGCAUACUGAUGUUAGUAAACUAUAUUUACGAAGCCUACAAUAGACAGAUGUGUGUUAUGUACGUUGUCAGUUGCCGGUUAUAUAAACGAGCCAUCUCUUUGUCUACUUAAUUACAUAUGUAGAAAAGACUGAGGAAUUCACAACUUAAAAUAAUACUCACGGUGAUCAUUGGCGAACUUGUGUAUUCGUUGAUUUGUUUGACCGUUCGACAUCGGUGUGCUUGGUGCGAGUUUUUUAACUUCUCGAUCGCGUUAAAGUUAACACAAAUUUGUAUUUAGUUAGAACAGCUCCUCU